AUGGAUGCAUUCCUUCCAUGCAGAGAUUCUGAGAGCCUGAAGACACUGAAGAAUUUAGCUGUAAAACAUGGAGAAUCUCUCACUAUUCCAUGUUUUUAUGAUGAGAAAUACAAAUCAAACCGUAAAUACUGGUGUAGGGGGUAUUACUGGUCCACCUGUAAAAUAGUAGCCUAUACAAACACAAGUGGAGGAACAUCAGUCACUGAUCAUCCCACCCAGAAUAUGUUUACUGUGGAACUGAAGAGCCUCCAAGACUCUGACUCUGGAUAUUAUUGGUGUGCUGUGGAAAUUGGUGGGACAGGGACCCCUGAUGACAAGGAUUAUUUAUACCUGACAGUCAGUGCAGAUCCUGCUGUGUCAGUGAUAAACAGCAGAGUGAGUGGUCAGGAAGGGUGUAGUGUCAAUGUCCAGUGUCUCAUCAGUGCUGAAUAUCAGAAUAAACAGAAGAAGUGGUGCAGAUUUAAAGACUGGACAUGCUUCACAGUGUGGAAGACUACCACAUCCCAGAAUUCAGCAGUGCUGGUUAGUGAUGAUAGAAAAGGAUCCGUCAGGGUGGAGAUGAGGGGUCUGCAGAAGAGUGAUGCUGGCUGGUACUGGUUCAGUGCAGGAGAUGUGGGGGUUACUGUUCACCUCACUGUCACUGAAAGACCUUCAAGUAAGAUCACAUGUAUCAGAAAUACUGUUCAUACCUGCUGAUCAUCAAGCU